AUGCUCGUCAAAGCAAUAGAUACUAUGCCACGGUGGACAGGCAUCUGGAAUAAGCUGCAAGUUGUAGCACGCGCAAGCACUAAACACAGGCAGAUAUUUCCUCGAUCGAUCGAUCGGAAUCUUCAUACCUUGAGGGACUCCAUUACGCACAAACAACAGAAACCCAGCAAGCAGGUCGACCACGACACCAACUCGAUCCUCUUCCUUGAAUGUAUCAGCAUCCAGAAAACUCACUCGUGCAGGGAGUUGCGGCUUAGGUCCUCGGAACGAACCCGUUGUGAUAAACCCACCUUCGCAAUACAUCACUGCCGGCAUGUGGUCACAUGCUGGUGUUGGUAG